AUGAGAAAAAGUGAUCGACUGCCGGAAGCAGCGGCUUCCGUCUCCGCGCAGAUGGAGGAGGGGCCAACAAAGCGCGCACGCAUGGAAUGUGUGAAGAGCAACGCCGACGACAGCGAUGAGGACAUCACACUCGAGCAGUUGGGAAGCUUGUUUCUCUGCGGAAGGUCACACGCACGCCACGAGUCGUUGCUGUCAUUGACGCCGACCGUCGCGGUGGGGGCCGCACCACUCACGUUGUCCUCGUCGUUAAGAACGACGACGACGACCACAGCAGCAGCAGUAACAGCGGCCGAGGAGGGAGAGGAGCGAGGGAGCCAUUCCGAGCCUGGAGCGGCACUGCCGUCGUCAACGGUGACGCCGCCACGCGCGGGCACGACGAGUCCCGCACGCCUGACGAGCAGCAACGGUCGCAUCUCGUCAGUGCUCCCCUCCAGCGUGAGGCGCAGCGGCGUCCCGCACGCUCAGUUUCAAUCGUCGUCUCGCCGCGAAGGCAUCUCGUGCGACCGCGACGUCAGCAGCGAGAACAACUUGGACAUCGAUAACAUGGGUCAGGGUGGCAUUGCACUUAGUCCAGUGGAGCGGCCGUCCACCGCGCUGAUUCGCAAAGCAGCAGCCACGCGCCCCGCCGCUUCUCCCGCGACGCUGUGGAUCUGCCUGGACGAUGACAACGACGAGGAUAUCAAAGUCCUCUCCUGUCCACCGACGCCGCCACGGCCAUGUGGCGUGGCGGAGGGUCACGCGGUGCCUGCGCUCGCCACUUGCGAGUCGCCGCUGUUUCGGAGCACCGUGCCGCCGGCGCCGCGGCAGGAGCCCAUUGCGGAGGUGCUCCCGCCGACGUUUCGCCCGCGAAAAGGGCCGCUGCAGGCGAACAAGCCGCCACCGCGGACAAUAACUCCGCUGCCGAGUGGUUUCUUCAUCCACGACGACGACUUCACCGAUGAUGAUGAGGACGCAGACGGUAGUCGUGUGGAUGCUAGAAGCAACGCGCCACCGUGCCCCCAACAGCAGCCGUUGUUCCCGCCGAUGAGACAUCUUGAUGUUAGUACCACAACACGGACGAGCUUUACCACCCUUCCUUACAUUGCAAGUCAGUCCUUUAUCAAGGAUGAUGACAACAGUAGUAGUGGCAGCGGAAGCUUGAUUGAAGCGAAAGACUUGGACAGCAACAACAACGAUGACACAGCAAGGCAAACGGUGGAGGGUGAUCAAGGGUCCUUUUCGUUGGCUCCCUCUUCCCUACUAGAUGAAAAUGCCUCCUUUGCCUCAGUCCCCACUGGUGUUGGAAGUUCAACGCGCAGCGUUCGUGACUUUCUCUUUUCCUCGCGUCGUCAUGCGUCGGGCGAGUGGGGCGACUCGUCCUUUAGUUCCUUUGCCAAAGCCACGACGGUCGGUGCCGCAGAACCGGCGGCGGUGGCGGCGGCAGCAGCGGUGGCAGGAGCUGCAGGAGCAGCAACCAGCGUGGGGGGAAGUGGUAAUGGCUCGGAUGCGGAUUAUAAGCGAGCAGUUGAGAGAUUAGAGCCGCUCUUCAAGAAGCGAUUCACCCGCAAGUGUUUUCUUAGUACGGUGGAGAGUGUUGUGUCGAAGCUGCAUUGUCUCGAGCCCGGUGAAUUCUGGCAGGCGUUUGAGAGCGCCGAGUACGUUGGAGAGGGCAGCUUUGGCCUCGUGUGGCGUUGCCGCACCGUUGACGGCGAUCUUGUUGCGGUCAAGUCGUGUCCCAUCAGUUUCCACUCGCGUGGGAGCAUCGACGACGCCUUUUCGGUGCUGCGCGAGAUUGCGAUUAUGCGCUUCUUGAGUGAGCACGAGGUGCCGUACGUCCUCCCGCUGCACAGCGCCUUUUUUGUGCAGGCGCGCGAGACCCUUCCGCCGGAUGUUGUCGCCGCGGUGGAGUGGAAGGCGCGGCUCGAGGAGGCCGAAAAGGAGCGCCAGCGACAGCGACGACUGCGGCGGCAGCAGCACACCCGGCGGGGGCGGCGGAACCCGCACGCAAAUGAGCAGGCGGUGUUGCUGGGGGAAGAAGACGAGGAUGAAGGGGAGGCGAACGCGACGGAGACGGCAAAGGAAAUAGCAGAACGUCUGCGACACGAGAGGGUACGGAUGCCACGAUUUCUGUCGAUAACGGUGGAGGACGCGAUGGAGUGCGAUGCGACCGCUUUCCUCGUGACGGAGUUGUGUGACGGGGAUCUGGAGAGCAUUGAGCGGCACGACUCUAUCACGAAGGGUGUUGCCUUUUGCGUUGGCUCGGCGCUCGCGGCGAUGCAUCAGCUCGGGCUCGUGCACCUUGACCUCAAGCCGAGCAACAUUCUGUUUGCAUAUGAGAAUAGUCCCUCUCAGCAGCAGCAGUUGCAGCGGCAUCUGGUGGCGAUGCAUUCUGCAAGUACACCUCCUUCAAUUUCUUCGUUGUCCCCGGCAGGAGGAGGAGGAGGAGGAGCGAUGCGUGUGGCCAACACAGUAUCGACCCCGAACUCUGUGAAGUUUUACCUCAGCGAUUUCGGUAANGUUGCAGCGGCAUCUGGUGGCGAUGCAUUCUGCAAGUACACCUCCUUCAAUUUCUUCGUUGUCCCCGGCAGGAGGAGGAGGAGGAGGAGGAGGAGGAGGAGCGAUGCGUGUGGCCAACACAGUAUCGACCCCGAACUCUGUGAAGUUUUACCUCAGCGAUUUCGGUAA